AUGGGACAGUACAAAACUUCGUACAACAGUAUCCCCCAGGUCAAUAGGAGCUCUUGGAGGAAUAGCAACCAGACUAGUAAAGAUGAAGUCAGAGAGGAUGAACUUGAUUCAAAGAGACCUUCAACAUCUAAUCCACAGGCCAUCACAGGAAAGGAUGUUUGUCACUUCUGCAAACAACCUGGUCAUUUCUCUAAAGAAUGCCCUAGAAAGAAGAAGAGAAUCAAUGAUUGGAAUGUGAAAUUACCAAGGAUUUUUCUACAGCUGAAAUCCAGGCAGAACCUCAUCACCCUCAGACUUGGGGAAGAUAUUUUCAGACGUCUCAAGUAG